CCCUCAACUGAAGCCUAAAAGGGGUGGUUUUAGAAGCAGCUUCACUCUGAUGUUCAGUCUUCGCCUUUGUCUUCGGCUAUAAAAGUUAUACUUCAUAAAUACUUCAACAGGAAAUUAAAGAAGAUGGCAAGCAUGAUAUCUACCGCAAGUCUUGGCUACCUCUCUUUCGAGAGAACCAACAGAUCCAACAACGGUGUUGCUGUUGGUAUUGGCAAUGGGGCAACUUCAGCUUGUGUAGUAAAAGAAAUGAGAGUGGAGAAACCAUUAGAGGAACUUUACAGCGUGAGGGUCGAAAGGGAAGUGUUGAAAGAGCGAUUAACGGAGCUCGGGGUUUCGAGAUGGUCGGUAUGGAAGACAGGCAAGUGUAAAUUGCCAUGGGACUGGCAAGUUGAUCAGCUGGUUUACAUUGAGGAAGGGGAAGUAAGGGUUGUCCCUGAAGGUAGCGAUCGGUUUAUGCAAUUCGUUGCCGGGGACCUUGUUCGUUAUCCCAAGUGGUUCGAAGCCGAUCUUUACUUCAAUGGUCCAUACCAAGAGCGGUAUAGUUUCCUAGCUUAUGGAGAUGAUUAGUAAUAGCUUUCAACACAUGCUUGAUGAUUGUUCUGCAUUUAUUCACUUAGACGUAACAAUUCAACAAUUCGUGUUUGUGUGAUGUUAGUGUAUUGUGUUUAAACAGUUAUUAGAAAACCCGUAGUCUCUCUCGUAUUGAAUUCA